UGAUUUUGAAAUUGUUGUCCUUGUGUACUCAAGUUUAGGAACAAAGUGAGGACUUGUUUCACAUGGAGGGUGAAGAGAGUUCAAGCUCUUUUCCUAUGGGAGCGACAGCACAAGAGAAGGGACACUCGUAUGUCCCUGAAUGCUAUGUGAUUCCAACUACACAAAGGCCUAGCUUGAAUCCUCAGACCGCAGAGGUACCCCUUAUUGACUUGGCUGGGUUAAAAGGGUCAUCCUCGCAACGGUGUGCCAUUGUCAAGGAAAUUAGAAAUGCUUGUCGCCGCAAUGGUUCUUUUCAAAUCAUUAAUCAUGGGAUAGACCAACCUGUUCUUGAUGGAGCUCCUUUGGCCUCGGGUUUUUCUGGCUUGCCAGCGAAGGAGAAGGUGAAAUUUAUAUCUAAUGAGGUGACUAGGCCAGUACGGUAUGGGACAAGCUUGAAGGAUGGAGCAUACAAGAUUCAGUUUUGGAGGGUUUUUCUUAAACAUUAUGCCCAUCCAUUGGAAGAUUUUGUUAAAUCAUGGCCACCAUAUUACAGAGAAAAGAUGGGGGAGUAUAUGUCAGAGAGAAAGUUAGCCUUGGAAAUCAUGGGGGCCAUUACAGAGAGCCUUGGAAUAGGUCCUGCUUACCUGAAACACAAAAUGAAAGAAGCAAUGCAAGUCAUGGUUGCCAACUGUUACCCUCCAUGCCCUCAACCAUCUCUAUCACUCGGUUUGCCACCUCACUUGGACUACAGUUUCAUCACAAUCCUUCCUCAAAGCAGCUGUGGGUUCGAAAUCUUGGACAUUGAGGACAGAGGAGUAGUUCCGGAACUUAAGGGUGCCCUACAAGUUCAUGUGGGAGACCAUCUUGAGGUCCUAAGCAAUGGCAUGUACAAAAGUGUGGUUCAUAGGGCUACCCUUAAUGAGAAGAAGACUAGAUUCUCCGUUGCUAGUCUCCACAGUUUGGGCAUGAAUGAGAAGAUGGGGACUGCUAAAGAGCUUGUGAAUGAACAACAUCCAAUUGGAUACAAGGAAAGCAGUUUUAGAGAUUUUCUGAAGUUUCUCGAGAAAAAUGAUGUAACAAAAGGGAAAAACUUCAUAGAGACACUUAGAAUUCGUUAUUAG